UGUGAAGCUCGUUACUCUGUAAAAAUUCUAUGUGCCUUUCUACGCGAAUCAACAUUAUUCGGUGAAAACUUACAUCAUGGUAUUUUGAGAUGUACUUUCACGAAAAAUUGGAUUAGCGCCCAUGUUCGGCGUCUACUAAGAGGAGGUUCAGAAGAAUGGUUUGUCUGUGGUCUUUUUUGCCAUGUGUGGUAAAUCUAGUAUUGCCAUCCUCGCUUAUAGAAGCAAAGAACACUAAAUUAGAAGAUGUGUUCCACUGGAACCUUGUGGAUUUUAAUUAUCCUGAUGAUACAUCACGAAGAAAAUCCAUCAUGUCGAAGCAAUUUAUACCAGAAAAUAAUCUACCAUUAGGUCUUGAUGUGUGGGAGGACAAACUGUUUGUUACAGUCCCUCGUUGGAAGCCUGGAGUUCCUUCAACACUCAAUUACGUUUCUUUGAGUGGUGAUAACAAAUCUCCGAAACUGAUACCAUAUCCUGACUGGAAUAGUAACCAUUUACCAACAGGUAGAGCUGAGAAAGGAAAUAUCACUGAGAAUGAAAUGCACAUUAUUUCAGUGUUUCGUGUGAGGGUGGACGCAUGUGACCGCCUAUGGAUGUUAGAUACAGGCAUGAAUGAUGUGGUAGGAGAAGCCCAGCAACUGCAGGAUCCUCGUAUACUUGUUUAUGACCUUCACAGUGAUUUCUUGAUUCAUAGUUAUACAUUAAAAUCAUCACACAUAGAAGAAGGUUCAUUCUUUUCUAAUAUCAUUGUUGAUAUUAAUGCAAAUGACUGUGAUGGAGCUUUUGCUUAUAUCACAGAUAUUUAUGGUUACAGUAUCAUAGUUUAUAGCCUUCGAGAUGAUGAGUCCUGGAGGGUCAAACACCAUUAUUUCUACUUUGAUCCCCUGAGUAGUAACUACAGUGUUGGUGGAGUCAACUUCCAGAUGAGAGAUGGAAUAUUUUCUUUAGCCCUUUCUGCCCCACAUGAAGAUGGAUUCAAAACUGCAUACUUCCAUCCUUUCUCAAGUACAAACGAAUUUUCUGUUUCCACUAAAGUUUUUCGCAACAAAACCCUUGCAACUGACCCUCACAACUUUGACGAAUUCAAGUUACUGGGUUCCCGGGGUCCAAAUACACAAGCAGGUGCCUCAUUCCUAGAUGAACGAAGUGGUGUAAUAUUCUACACACAGGUAAACCUCAAUGGUGUAGGAUGCUGGAACUCCAAGAGCAAAGAAUAUGGUCCCGAAUACCAAUAUCUUGUAAUUUCUGAUAAUGAGACCUUUAUCUUCCCUAAUGAUCUUAAAGUUGACCGUGAAAACAACUUGUGGGUAUUGACUGAUCACUUACCUAUAUUCAUUUUUAGAAGUCUUGAUCUUAAUAACAUAAAUUUUUACAUUUUCAAGGGUUCCGUCAAAGAAAUCAUUAAGGACACCAUUUGUGAGAUUGAUGAAUACUGAUUUAUUCUCUGCAGCAUGUGUACUGAUGUUUCAUAAUCAAGAGAAAAUGAAAUGUACUGUUCUAAAUUUGAAAGUAACUAAAUAUUGGCACUACAAAUAAAAAGAGCAGUUCACAUGUACCACUACAUAAUAUUAGCUCAGAUCCACCCCCCUUUUCUAUUCAGCAAUGAAUAUACAUAUAUGCAUGCUAUUAGGACUGUUCCAUCAGUUGUGUUUAUUUUACUUCAGCCAUGAUUGUAUAUUUAUCUUGUUGUAAAUCAAGGAA